UCAGGAUGGCUGUCGGUGUGGGAGGAGCCGAUUGAGGACGACAACUUAGCCUGAGGCUAAACUCGUCCUGCUAUCGGCAGAUUCGGAGGAUAAAAAUCGCGGAAUUCGCCGUCCCCUUUUGACCGACAACGGUUGCUUUUCAUCACCUCGUCGAAUAGAGGGACGCCAGCCCAGGAUGAACGGCGACUCAGGUGCCGGCGUGGUGACGGCCCACCCUCUCGCCAGCGCCCCUCAUAAGGAGCGCUACUUCGACCGGGUGGACGAGAGCAGCCCAGAGUACCAACGCGAGAGGAACAUGGCGCCCGACCUGCGGCAGGACUUCAACAUGAUGGAGCAGAAGAAGCGGGUGUCUGUGAUCCUGCAGAGCCCGGCGUUCUGCGAUGAGCUGGAGACUAUGAUCCAGGAUCAGCUGAAGAAGGGCAAGACGCCCACCAGCCUCUUGGCUCUGCAGCAGAUCGCUGACUUUAUGACGACCAGCAUGCCUUCCAUGUAUCCCGCUGCACCACAGGGGGGCAUGGCGGCACUCAACAUGAGUUUGGGAAUGGUGACUCCGGUGAAUGAUUUGCGUGGUUCGGACUCCAUCUCAUAUGACAAAGGCGAGAAGCUGCUUCGUUGCAAACUGGCGGCGUGCUAUCGGCUCACCGACUUGUUUGGCUGGUCGCAGCUCAUCUACAAUCAUCUGACAGUUAGGGUGAACUCCGACCAGGACCGCUUCCUCAUCGUCCCUUUUGGGCUCCUGUACAGUGAAGUCACUGCGUCCAGCCUUGUGAAGAUAGACCUUCGAGGUGAGGUUGUGGACCGGGGAAGCACCAACCUCGGCAUCAACCAGGCCGGCUUCAACCUCCACUCUGCCAUCUACGCGUCCCGGCCUGACAUCAAGUGCAUUAUCCAUAUACACACGUCUGCAGGGGCGGCCGUGUCGGCCAUGAAAUGCGGCCUGUUGCCCAUCUCCCCAGAGGCUUUGUCCCUUGGAGAAGUGACCUACCAUGACUACCAAGGCAUACUGGUGGAUGACGAAGAAAUCGCACUCAUCCAGAAGAACCUGGGCCCAAAAAGCAAGGUGCUCAUCUUGAGGAACCAUGGGUUGGUGACUAUGGGUGAAACAAUCGAGGAAGCUUACUAUUACACCCACAACCUGGUCAACGCCUGUGAGAUUCAGGUGCGAACACUGGCCAGCGCUGGAGGACCUGAUAAUUUGGUCAUGCUCGACCCGGGAAAGUACAAGUCCCGUCCUCGUGUUCCCGAGCCUGCCGGCGAAGGCUCCUCCGCACAACCCAAGUGGCAAGUCGGGGAGCAAGAGUUUGAGGCUCUCAUGAGAAUGCUGGACAACCUGGGCUACAGGACCGGCUACCCUUACCGCUGUCCGGCACUGCGGGACAAAGGUAAAAAGUACAGUGACGUGGAGAACGCUCACUCUGGUUAUACUUACGGGGAGGACAGUGACUCGGGCGCGCGCUCCCCGCUGAAACACAGCUUCCAGCGCGGCCAGCAUGACAAGACCCGCUGGCUCAAUGCCGGCUCUCGGCCCGACGAGCCCUACGAGGACGGGCCUGACGGUGGCAGCCCCAAGUCCAAGCCUAAGGUGUGGACGAACAUAACACACGAUCACGUGAAACCCUUGCUGCAGUCUCUCUCGUCCGGUGUCUGCGUGCCAAGCUGUAUAACCAACUGCUUGUGGACUAAAGAAGACGGAAUGCGACAAGCUGCUGUCGCCAAUCAGUUCAUCCCGUUGAACACCAAUCCCAAAGAAGUCCUGGAGAUGAGGAAUAAGAUCCGUGAGCAGAAUCUGCAGGACAUUAAGACUGCAGGACCUCAGUCUCAGGUUCUGUGUGUUGGAUCGGUGGGGGAUCGCAGCUUUCACCAGGACGUCCCUCUGUCUGACUGUACAGACGCUAUUGACGGCCUUGAUGCCCCAGAGGGGUCCUAUAGUCCUGCUAGAUCAAUUAGAAAGGGGGAGCUAGUGACCGCAUCCAAGGCCAUCAUUGAAAAGGAGUACCAACCCAAGGUGAUUGUCAGCAAGCAGGGCCCCAACCCCUUCAACAAGCUCACUGACCAGGAGCUGGAUGAGUAUCGCAGGGAAGUGGAGCAGAAACAGAAAGGCACCGAAGCCUCAGAUCCCACUCCUCUGCCCACUGCAACCGACGGAGGCCCUGAGCAGGGCCCCUCGACCCUGGACCUUGCAGAUGAGGUCUUCUGUGACUCCCCCCACAAGGAGUUCCACUGUGCCGUGCUGCGAGCCCUCAGCAAGGAGCCAGUAGGGGCAGGUCAUGCUCCAGAUCAAGAGCAACCAGAGGAGGAGGAGGAGGAGGAGGUGAAGGCUAAAGACCCAAAGGCCGCCUCUACACCCCCCAGCACCCCAGUUCGAGCAGAGGAAGAGACCUUACCAGAGCCCACCUUUAAGGACGAGAGCGACGCCGCCACCCUGAGACAGACUCUGCCGGAUUUGACCCCAGACGACCCUUCUGACGCUCCAGCACUUCCCGCUGAAGACUUCGCCCCCUCCCCAGCCCCCACAACCACUGAGCCCGCCCCUGCUGCAGAAGCCGCCGUUGAUGGCGAGGAACCCGGCGACGCCGGCGAGCAGGAGGGGGAGGAGUCUCCCAGCAAAUCGCCUUCCAAAAAGAAGAAGAAGUUCCGUACACCUUCUUUCCUGAAGAAGAACAAGAAGAAAUCAGAGUCGUGAAUGAACCUGCCAUUUCUUCCUAGUUCUUUUUAGCUGUUCUGGAUGGAUGUACCCCCCACCCCCUUACAGCCAUGUUCCUUUUCUUAGCCCGUGCCAACCUUCCAUACAUUUAGUUUCCCUCAUGAGAAGCUUUUAGCAGCGAUCGAGUCAUACCUCCUGUUUUGUCCACUCUGCUGGCCCCCAUGCAUGCCCCCCCUUCUGUUAUUGUGGGGCUUUUAAAGAUAUUAUUAGAAUGUAUGGGGAUUGUAUAACAAUAUGAAAGUGUCUUUUAAAAAGCAAAAAAAGUGGUUGCAGAAAGGAAUAACAUGUACGCUCUCUUUAAGAGAAUUAGAAAUUGCAAGCGUCUGCAAAUGUCUGAGUAAAUUAUGCAAUGCUUUAAUAAUGGGAGCUCCGGUAAUUUGAAGAUGCAGAGGGAGACACCCCGGGAAGCGUCCAAAGGAUCUAAUGGUUGCUUGACUAGGAAGGAAUGUGUAAACGCUUACCUUUUUUUUUCUUCUUGGAUUCAUUCUUUGGUUUGUUUUCAUUUUCCUUCUGAAAGAAAUGGGCAACAAUGCUUUAUUUAGUGUUUUUUUCACAUUGUAGACGAGCCACCCCCACCCACUUCUUAUGCAUUUGCUUUUAGCUUUAGUACCACAGACCUAACACGUCCACUGUUACCACUCGGCCAUCUUUUAUCACCCCAGAUCUCUUCUGUAACACCCCUCUUUUAUUGCUUUUGCCAUUAUUGUGACAUAUGGCACCGCGCUGUAGGUGGCAGGGCAUUAAUACAAUGGCCUAAUAUAUAUGCUUAUUUUUUUCUGCCUGAACCACUUCCAAGUAAAUGUCUCAUGUUAUUGUCUACUGAUGUACUACUUCCACUUUUUCUUUUUUACAACCAUAAAUAAAUAUGCUAUGUUGAAAAU